AUUCCCUCUCUCUUCCUCUCCCUCCUCCUCCACCCCCCCGUCAUCCCCCCUCCCCCGCUUUCCUCUCCCUCCCUCCUGGCUCCCCCAGUUCCCUUCGGCAGCGGGGCUCUGGCACUAUGUUCCGGCUCCUCCGGUUGCUGCUGCUGCUGCUGCUGCCUCCCCCGGGGUCCCCCGAGCCCUCCGAGCCCCCGGGCCUGGCCCCGCGGUCUCCGGGGGCGCCUCCCCAAGCCCCCGACUUGCUCUACGCCGACGGGCUGCGCGCCUACGCGGCCGGGGCUUGGGCGCCCGCGGUGGCGCUGCUGCGGGAGGCGCUGCGGAGCUACGCGGCGCUGGGCCGCGUGCGGCGGGACUGCGGGGCGAGCUGUGCGGCCGAGCCCGACGCCGCGCUCCCCGCCCAGCUCCUCGGAGCCCCGCAGCCCGACUCUGGGCCUCGGGCCUGGGAGCCAUUGCUCCUCCGCGCCGCGCUGCGCCGCGCCGAGUGCCUGACCCACUGCGCCGAGCGGAGGUUGGGCCCCGGGGGUGCGGCGCGGCUGCGCGUAGGGAACGCGCUCCGGGAUGCCUUCCGCCGAAGGGAGCCUUACAACUACCUGCAGAGGGCCUAUUACCAGUUGAAGAAGCUGGAUCAGGCAGCAGCUGCAGCACACACCUUCUUUGUAGCAAACCCAACACACCUGCAGAUGCGGGAAGACAUGGCUAAGUACAGAAGAAUGUCUAGGGUGCGACCACAGAGCUUCCGGGACCUGGAGACGCCCCUAUAUUGGGUAGCCUAUGACACUGGUCUGGAGCUACUGGGACAUCAGCAGGCAGGGUUGGCACUGCCCAGGCUAGAGGAGGCCCUCCAGGGAAGCCUGGCCCAGAUGGAACACUGCCGUGCUGACUGUGAGGGGUCUGAGGAACAGCAGGGGGCUGAAGAGGAGGAGGAGGAAGGGAGCCAGGGGGGCCUGUAUGAGGCCAUUGCAGGACACUGGAUCCGGGUUCUGCAGUGCCGGCAGCGCUGUGUGACUGACAUAGCUACCCGUCCUGGUCGCAGUUUCCCUGUCCCUGACUUCCUACCUGACCAGCUAAGACGGUUGCACGAGGCCUGUGCUCAGGUUGGGAAUCUGUCACAGGCCAUGGAAAAUGUCCUGAGUGUCCUGCUCUUCUACCCAGAGGAUGAAGCUGCCAAAAAGGCUCUGAACCGGUACCAAGCCCAGUUUGGAGAGCCAAGACCCAACCUAGGACCAAGAGAGGACAUCCAACACUUCAUCCUUCUAUCCCUGGGGGAGAAGAGGCAGCUCUAUUAUGCCAUGGAACACCUGGGCACCAGCUUCAAGGACCCAGAUUCCUGGACCCCAACCGCUUUAAUCCCUGAGGCACUGAGAGAGAAGCUCAGAGAGGAUCAAGAAAAGAGGCCUUGGGAUCAUGAGCCUCCACAGCCAAAGCCCUUGACCUACUGGAAGGAUGUCCUCCUCUUGGAAGGUGUGACCCUCACCCAGGAUGCCCAGCAGCUGAAUGGAUCGGAGCGAGCUGUAUUGGAUGGGCUGCUCACCCCAGCCGAGUGUGGGAUGCUGCUGCAGCUGGCCAAGGAUGCAGCUGCAGCUGGAGCCAGGUCUGGCUAUCGGGGCCGUCGCUCCCCUCAUAGCACCCAUGAACACUUUGAGGGGCUCACAGUGCUCAAGGCUGCUCAGUUGGCCCGGGCUGGGACUGUGGGCAGGCCAGGUGCUAAGCUGCUUCUGGAGGUGAGUGAGCGAGUACGGACCUUGACCCAGGCCUACUUCUCCCCAGAACGGCCACUGCAUCUUUCCUUCACCCACCUGGUGUGCCGAAGUGCCAUAGAAGGUGAGCAAGAACAGCGCAUGGACCUUAGUCACCCAGUGCACGCAGACAACUGUGUCUUGGACCCUGACACUGGGGAAUGCUGGCGGGAGCCCCCAGCCUACACCUAUCGAGACUACAGUGGACUCCUCUACCUCAAUGAUGAUUUCCAGGGGGGUGACCUGUUCUUCACGCAGCCCAACGCCCUCACUGUCACGGCUCAGGUUCGUCCUCGCUGUGGACGCCUCGUGGCCUUCAGCUCUGGUGGAGAGAAUCCCCAUGGUGUAUGGGCUGUGACACGGGGACGGCGUUGUGCCUUGGCACUGUGGCACACGUGGGCCCCUGAGCACAGGGAGCAGGAGUGGACAGAAGCCAAAGAGCUGCUGCAGGAGCCAGAGGAGGAAGAGGAAGAGGAGGAAGCGGAAGAAAUGCUUGACAGAGACCCUUCCCCAGAACCCCCCAGCCACAAGCUUCAGCGGGUCCAAGACAAAGCUGGGAAGCCACUCCGGGUCCGAGAGGAGCUAUGAGUGGCUCAGCCAGCUUCUUGGUAUGGCCACACUUGACUUGUAAAAGGACCCAUGAGAAGCCCCCAUGUGACGUCAGAAGCAGAGCUGCAAGCUGUGUCUCUUCAGUCUUGGGGAUCUACAAGGGCCAUGGAGCCCUGGGCUGAGCUCACUACAUAGACUCAGCCUAGUGCUCACCAGGCUCCAGAGCCAGAUCUGGUCCCAGCUGAGGGACCUGCAGCCAAGGACAGACAGAGAUCACUAUGCCUCCCUGCAAAGACAUGGCAAGAAUUGGAGGCUGACUGCUUUCAGUGAGGUGGACACAGGGCGAUAACCCCAUCUUCUCUCCCAGCCUGUGCAAUAAAGAUCAUGAAUAUCCUCA